AUGACGGCCGCGACGACCCCGCUCCCCGCGACCGCGCGCGGCCUCCCCGAGCUCGAGUGCCCCGGCGAGCUCGUCACCGCCCCGAGCGGGCUGCAGUUCUGCGACGCGUCCGUCGGCGCCGGUCGCGAGCCGACCAAGGGCACGCUCAUCAAGGCGCACUACACCGGCCGCCUCGCGGACGGCACCGGGCGCGUGUUCGACAGCUCGUACACGCGCGGGAGCCCUCUGCAGUUUAAGAUCGGCGCCGGGCAGGUCAUCCGCGGGUGGGACGAGGGCAUCCUCGGCGGCGACGGCGUCCCGCCGAUGAAGGUUGGCGGCAAGCGCGUGCUCGUGAUUCCGGCCAAGUUGGGAUACGGCGACCGCGGCGCGGGCGGCGGGCUCAUCCCGGGCGGCGCGACGCUGAAGUUCGACGUCGAGCUCGUG